GUGUGUGUCUGCGUGCCACUCACUCACUGCGCCGCGUCCAUCUGCGCGGCGCGGAGCGCGCUCGGCCGGGCCAUGGAGCGGCGCUGAGCGGGGGGCACGGAGCCGGCGGCCGCCUUUGUGCCAGCGCCGGGCGGGGAGCGCGGCCCCGCCGCCCCCGCCAUGGAGGACGCCCCGCGGGGGCCGUGGGACGGGGAGGCCAAAGCGGUGCAGCAGUGCCUGACGGACAUUUUCACCAGCGUCUACACCACCUGCGACAUCCCGGAGAAUGCCAUCUUCGGGCCGUGCGUGCUGAGCCACACGUCUCUCUACGACAGCAUCGCCUUCAUCGCCCUCAAAUCCACCGACAAGCGCACCGUGCCCUACAUCUUCCGGGUGGACACGUCGGCGGCCAACGGCUCUGCGGAGGGGCUGAUGUGGCUGCGGCUGGUGCAGGCGGCCCGCGAGCGGCAGGAGCAGAACCUGGAGGCCUACGUGAAGAGCGGGCAGCUCUUCUACCGCUCCCUGCGCCGCAUUGCCAAGGACGAAGAGCUGCUGGUGUGGUACGGCAAGGAGCUCGCCGAGCUGCUGCUACUCGGCCCCGCGCGGGGCCCCGACGGGUCGCCGCCGUUCUCCUGCCCCGAGUGCGGACAGCGCUUCCAGUUCGAGCUGCCCUUCGCCGCCCACCUUCGUUUCCGCUGCCCCAAGCGGCUGCACGGAACCAACGGCGGACCCCCCGACGGAAAGGAGGCAGCCGCCAAGGAACCGGAGCCCGCCAAGUUCGCCAAGCCGCUCCCUCACCCCUUCCCUGACGGCGGCGCCGGGGGAGCGGCCAAGCCCUCCACGGACUUCCACAACCUGGCCCGGGAGCUGGAGAAUCCCCCGCGCCGCCCCGACGUCACCCCCGAGGGUGCGGGCGGAGGGACCAAACGGCGAUACCCCGAGGAGGAGGCACGGAGCCGCUUCCCGACGGAGCGCCCGGGGCUUCCGGCGGCCCCCAAGGAGGAGCCGGUGUGCACCCCGCAGCAGCAGUUCCGCGCCGCCGGCUCCUACUGCGGCCCCGAGGAUGGCGGCCGCCUCUUCGCGCCCCCCAGCCCCGAGACGGGCGAGGCGAAGCGCAGCGCCUUCGUCGAGGUGAAGAAGGCGGCGCGCGGUCCCGAGCCCGACGCAGCCCCCGAGGACGGCCCCGAGCGAUCCUCGCCCGCGGCCCCGACGGCGGGUGGAGGGGGGGAGCCGGCGCUGUGCCCCCGCUCCGGAGGAGGCGGUGGAAACGGAGCGGCGACGCGGGGCAGCGCGUUCAGCUCGGUGCCGCAGCUCGGGGCGGCGGGUGCCGUCGGGGCGGAGGAGCGGAAGAGCGCCUUCUCGCAGCCCGCCCGCUGCUUUCCGCCGCUGCCGCUCGGCCCCAAGCUGGGAGCGCUGGGAGAGCCGUGCCCCGACGGCCCUUCCGCCGGCCGCCUGUACGCCGCCGAGCUGGCCGCCAAGGAGGGAGCGGGCGGCGGGGCGGGAGCCAAGCAGAGCCCCUUCCUCUACGCCACCGCCUUCUGGCCCAAGAGCUCCGCGGCCGCGGUGGGGCCCCUCCAGCUGCAGCUGCCGUCGGCGCUGACGCUGCUGCCGCCGUCGUUCGCGUCGCUGUGCCUCCCGGCGCAGAACUGGUGCGCCAAGUGCAACGCGUCGUUCCGCAUGACGUCGGACCUGGUGUACCACAUGCGCUCGCACCAUAAGAAGGAGUACGCGCUGGAGCCGCUGGUGAAGCGGCGCCGCGAAGAGAAGCUCAAGUGCCCCAUCUGCAACGAGUCCUUCCGCGAGCGGCACCACCUCUCUCGCCAUAUGACCUCGCACAACUAGCGACGGGGCUGAAGGGGGGAAGGGGGACG